UGGCCUUGCUUAUUUUAUGAUGUAUUUUGCAGGUUUCCCUGAUCAUGGACUGUGGAGAAAUGCGUGAGUUUUCAAGUCUAGAGGAAGAAACGGCAUACUGGAAGGAGCUUUCUUUGAAGUAUAAGCAAAGUUUCCAGGAGGCACGUGAAGAGCUGGCUGAAUUCCAGGAGGGCAGCAGAGAACUGGAAGCAGAGUUGGAAGCCCAGCUGGUGCAAGCGGAACAGAGAAACCGGGACUUGCAAGCAGACAACCAAAGACUGAAGCAGGAAGUGGAAACUUUAAAGGAGAAGCUUGAGCACCAGUAUGCACAGAGCUACAAGCAAGUGUCCUUGUUGGAGGAUGACCUGAGUCAGACACGGGCAAUUAAAGACCAGUUGCAUAAAUACGUGAGAGAACUAGAGCAAGCUAAUGAUGACCUUGAGCGCGCCAAGAGGGCUACAAUUGUUUCCUUGGAAGACUUCGAACAAAGGCUGAAUCAGGCCAUUGAGAGAAAUGCCUUUUUGGAAAGUGAGCUGGAUGACAAAGAAUCUUUGCUAGUUUCUGUACAAAGGCUGAAGGAUGAAGCAAGAGAUUUAAGGCAAGAACUCGCAGUGAGGGAAAGGCAGCAGGAAGUAACCCGAAAGUCAGCCCCAAGUUCUCCAACUUUAGACUGUGAGAAGAUGGAUUCAGCUGUCCAGGCCUCUCUAUCUCUGCCAGCAACACCUGUUGGGAAAGGCUGUGAGAACAGCUUUCCUUCACCAAAAGCUAUUCCCAAUGGAUUUGGUACCAGUCCUCUCACUCCAUCUGCCAGAAUAUCUGCACUCAACAUUGUGGGUGAUCUCCUAAGAAAAGUGGGGGCCUUGGAAUCCAAACUAGCUGCUUGCAGAAACUUUGCAAAAGACCAGGCGUCACGGAAAUCAUACGUUUCAGGGAAUAUAAACAGCAGCAUGAUCAACAGCAAUGGCAUGAAGUUCUGUCAUUCAGGACAUACAACAUUCUAUGACAAAGCCCCCUGUACUCUUCUCCCUGCCCCCACUUGUCGCUGGAUCCUGAAUCAGCCACGUAUGCUUGUGGACCCGACCCAGUCUGCUGCUGCUGCCUUAUGAAAAACCUGUGGUUGGGUGGUGGGACUGACUGAGGGCAGUAAAUGGCUUUGACCAAGGCCCACCGCCAGGUCUAGGAGCUUCCAGACCGUCAUCAGCACCGGGUAUGCUCCCGCUGAGCGUAUGAACAGUUGCAAGGCCACAUUGUGACUUGAAAUUGGUUCUCGAAGGAACAAGGAAAGAGCUGCUUGCGAUACUUUUUCCGUUAGUGCCCCCUGCUGGAGUUGAGUGGGUGUUUCGGCACUCAGAAGCUGCCCGGAGAAGAUCCUAGCACACAUACCACACUCCUUACGUCAAUACAGUCUAUUUUCUUCUAUUUCCAUCGUGGACGUUCUUUAACGUGGUCACCGCUGAUAUCUGACUUACAGGAUGUUGGAUUCACACUUGCCCAAAUCACCUU